UGCUUAAAAACCACUGAACUGUUCACUGCAGCUACCCAAGGAGAGUGGAGAUUAUGCUACUGUUACUGCUUUUGAUAGUAGUCUUCAGUGUUGUUUUGACAAAUCUCUCUGCCUCUGUGGAGUGGAGAUGUUUGGAUGGUUACCGCUUAGCUGAUGAUGACUUCACAUGUGUUGACAUUGAUGAAUGUUUUGAAAAUGGACUGGGAACUUGUGGUCAGACCUGUACCAACACACCAGGAUCAUACACCUGCUCCUGCCUGCCUGGCUAUACGUUAGAGGACAAUAAAUGGUCUUGUCGUGCAGACUCUCCAUCACCAUACCUCAUCUUCAGCCAUGGAAAUGCAAUAUUUAGGAUUGACAUAGAGGGAACUAACCACCAGAGGCUUGUGACCAAUGCUGGGAUAUCAGUCCUCUUGGACUUCCACUACAGAAAUGGAAGAAUUUACUGGGCUGUUACAGAGAAAGGGCUGAUUCAACGGGCCUUUAUAAAUGGCACUAAAAGAGAGAGUAUACGGGCCGUAGGGAAAGGUCUGUUGGGGUUUGCUGUGGAUUGGUUACACAACACCAUCAUUUGGACCAAUCAAAAGAAAGGAACUAUUGAAAUGUCAAACUUAAAUGGAAAGAAUUCCAAGAUCCUGCUGAAAGAACUGACCUUUCCCACUGUCAUAGCAGUCGAUCCAGAACAAGGGUACAUGUUUUGGGCUUCAGAAGGCUCUGUUCCAAGUAUUCAUCGUGCAACACUAAAAGCCACUGGAGUUGUCACCAUUUCCAAGACCAUGAAAAAAGUGAAAACUUUAACGCUGGAUCUUAUUGACAAGCGACUCUUCUGGGUUGAAAGUGAUGCUGAGAAUAUCUCAAGCAGCUUUGGGUCAUGUGAUUACAAUGGAGAUUCAGCUCACAUCUUGCAAAAAUCAAUGCAUCACCAGCCACUUGGAGUGUCUCUCUUUGCGGAGCACAUGUACUACUCAGAUUGGAAAACUGGCACCAUUCGUCGAGCAAACAAGUACACCGGGAAAGAUAUUGUUACCAUCAGCCCUAAACAGUCCUUUCUGCCUCCAGCUGACAUCAAAGUAGUGCAUCCAUUCCGCCAACCAGCAGCUGAAUCAGGCUUACAAUCAUCAGAAAAGGACAAUGAGAGCAUUUGCAAGAAAAGCUUAGAAAAAAAUCGCUGUGAGUGUAAAGAUGGCUACGUUCUCAGUGAUGAUCAGAAAUCCUGUGAAGAUGUCAACGAAUGUGCCUUUUGGAAUCAUGGAUGCACGCUAGGUUGCGAGAACUUGCCAGGCUCGUAUCUCUGCUACUGUCCAGAAGGGUUUGUACUACUGCCUGAUAUGAAAACCUGUCAUGAUCCAAUUCCUUGCUUGGAAAAUUAUGCUGAAUGCAGCCAUGAUUGCAUCCAGACAUCCGAAGGGCCAGUCUGUGUCUGCCCACCAGGAUCUACGUUAGGAUCUGAUGGAAAAACAUGUUCAGGUUGCACAGCACCAGAUAAUGGUGGCUGUAGCCAGAUCUGUGUACUGCAUCAUCCAGCAUCUUGGGAAUGUGAGUGUCUGCCUGGAUAUCAACUACAACUUGAUGGACAGCACUGCAGUGCCUCAGGUCCCAGACCAUUUCUGUUAUUUGCAAAUAGCCAGGAUAUACGGCGCAUAAACUUUGAUGGAACAGAUUAUCACACUGUGCUAGAAAGACAGAUGGGAAGAGUCUUAGCACUUGAUUAUGACCCUGUGCAAAGUAAGGUUUAUUUUGCUCAUACAGGCCUGAAGUGGAUCGAAAGAGCUAAUCUGGAUGGUUCUGAGCGUGAGGAACUUAUUAGCAAAGAUAUGGAUUUGCCUGAAGGACUAGCUGUGGACUGGAUUAACCGUAAAUUAUACUGGACUGAUGGAGGGUUAUCACACAUUGAAAGGAGUGAGCUCAAUGGCAUGCACAGAAAAGUGAUUGCCAGUGAAGAUGUCAGCAAGCCAAGAGGAAUUGUUGUUCAUCCAUUAGCAAAGAGACUGUUCUGGACAGACUGGGGACAUAAACCUAGAAUAGAAAGUUCUUCCCUAGAAGGUGAUGAUCGUUCUGUUGCUAUCAGCACUAAUCUUGUGUGGCCUAGUGGAAUAACCAUAGACUACUUAAGAGACAAGCUCUACUGGUGUGAUGCCAAAAAAUCUGUUAUUGAGAUGUCAGAUCUAGAUGGGUCCAACCGUCGGACACUUGCACAGAAUGAAGUAGGGCGUCCAUUCGAUGUAGCAGUAUUUGAAGAUCAUGUUUGGUUUACAGACUGGAACAAACCUUCUCUUAUGAGGGUGGAUAAGUGGACAGGUCACAAUAGAGUGCGACUCCGAGGCAGUAUGCUUAGACCUUCAUCUGUGACUGUAGUUCAUCCAAUAGCUAAGCCAGGUGCUGAUUCUUGCCUGUAUAAGAAUGGUGGAUGUGAUCAAAUCUGUGAGAAUAGGUUUGGAGUUCCAUAUUGCUUGUGCCAUGAUGGUUUUCAAAAGAGAAAAGAUGGAAAAUCAUGUCAGGCUAUAAAUCUUUCACCGACUGCAGGGUCCAGAAUUACAUCUUCCCACAAGAUAAAUUUGUUAACGGUCACAACAUUACGAAAGAAGAAUAUGUCACCCACUGAACCCAGCUCCUCCACUACCAAUUUCAGUGAGGAUGAGAUUAUUGCUGAACUCCAGACAAGAUCCACGCUUGUGGCAGAGAUAAUGGUAUCAGAUCAAGAUGACUGUGGAACCCUGGAAUGUGACUUCAAUGCUCAAUGUGUAGCUUCAGAAGGAGUUGCUAGAUGCCAGUGUUUGGAAGGAUUUACUGGCUAUGGCAAAGUUUGCAGUGAUAUUGAUGAAUGUGCCAUUGGUGUUGCCCUUUGCAGUGGACACAUAGCAGACUGCAUUAACACAGAGGGCAGUUACGUCUGUAAAUGCCACCCUGGCUAUAAUGGUGAUGGACUCCUCUGUUACGAUAUUGAUGAAUGCCAUACUGGGAUGAACAAUUGUGAUGAAAAUGCUGUAUGCACAAACACGGAUGGCAGCUAUACCUGUACAUGUAACAAAGGACUUUUGGGGACAGGUCAUAGCUGUAGAGGUGUGAACAGCUCAGCCUUGCCCACUGAUGGUUCGAUGGAGACAACUGUCAGGAGCACUACUUUUGAAACAACCACAAACAAGAAAAAUAUUCACAUUGUGAAUUGCCCACUUUCGCAUAAGGGCUUCUGUCUGAAUGGAGGGGUUUGUUUCCAUAUCCCCGAAAUAACAGUGUUUGCAUGCAACUGUCUCAAAGGCUACAUGGGAGAACGGUGUGAGUACAGCGACUUACAGUGGUGGGAACUACAUCGUGUUGAGGAAGAGAAGAGACGUAAUGUGGUUAUAGCUGUAUGCAUAAUAGUGUUAAUCUGCCUGCUGUCAGUGGGAGCUUGCGUUACAUACUGCUACAGGCACCAGAAACAUUUGAAGAAGAGCCGUUAUUCAGAAGAAAUGAGUGAAACAAGCAGCAGCACCAUUGACAGUGUAACCGAGACAUCGACAAAUACUGAGCAGCAGUUCUUUAAUGUAUUAGACAUUACAUGA